UUUUUAUACUAAGCUAGUAGUACAAAGUAGAUAAAAAAAAUGCAAAAGUUAAAGUAUUGUGCACUUGUGCUGCUAUUAUUCUGAAAUGUAUAAUAAUAAAUACGUAGUAUGACAUUUGAAUUUAUUUUUUUUCCCCUUUCUAUAACCAUUCAAUUAUGGUAUAUUACGUAGUUUAUACAAUUUUUUAUUUUUAUUUUUAUUUUCUUAUGGGACCUAUAUUUUAUUUAUAAUACUUGUAAUCAAUAACAAUAUGAUAAGCAUCUUUAGGGAUGCUUUUUUUUUUUUUUCUUGUUUUUCCACUAUGGUCUAUAAAUAUGAAUAAUAUGCCAACUUUUCUAGCAAUUGUGCAGUUAAUUAAGUAAAGAGGUUCUUCACUGCUUGCCAAGACUAGAAUACGUACGUAAGCAAUGGCUUCAACUCAGGUUAUUCCACAAGAUCAUCAAGCCGCUCUGGAUGAGUUGGUGAAGCAAGCACAAAACGAUGUCGUUCCAAGGAUGGUCAGUGACUCGCAACAGCAAGAAGUAGCUCUCCUUGGAAACCUGAAGAAUUUGACUACUGGAGCCAUGAACCUUCAUGCCGAAAAAAUGUGGUCCGGAAGCUUUUUUCAAAAGUACAGGGAUGAUAUACCUAGUGGUGUCACUAUUGGGUUCAGCAUACUAGCCAAUAUUCAAGAUGGCAUCAAGUCGGCCGUGGUCUAUAGUGGCAGAAGCAAUAGUGGACAUCAAUGUGGAUGGCUCGUCGCUUGGUCCAACCCAAGGGAUAUACAUGCUAAGAAGGUUUAUGUGGAGUGUAGGCCAAUUGCGAAAUACAACAAUAUAAAUUGGGAAAUCAUUGAGAGUGAGCUGAAUAAAUCUAGUAGUAACUCAAGCCACAGUGAUACAUCCACUCAGACUUCUAUUCAUGCUCGCAUACUUUCCAUGGAGCAUCCGGUGAAAUCAGAAAGCGAUGGAAUUACUAUCGCAUCGUUCAACUAGUUGAUUAAGGAUUUAAGGCUUAUAAUAUAACCUAAGUAACUAUGAUAUGUGGGAUAGUAAUUAAUACAGAGUAAGAUUUGAAAAUAUGUAGUACUACUUACGUAUGUUACUAUGAUGUUACUACGUAUUUACGUAAUUGUCCUUGUAUGUUACUCGCUCUAUCAACUAAAUAAAAAUGCUUCUUUUAUACAAUCUUA